UGCCGCUGGUACGCACCGCCUGACACUCGGGUGGGGCAGGGUGCGGUUUGGCCUGAGGGCUCGGGAACUUUCAGCGUCAGCUCCUGGAGGAAGCAACCUCUUGCUUGCGGAGCAGCAGCCUACGAGGCGGAGAGCUGGCCUGCGAGGAACAGUGAACAGAAUGAGCACCUCACAGGACCAGAGUGGCUGCUCCAGUAAUAGAGAACCCCUAUUGAGGUGUUGUGAUGCAAGGAGGGACUUGGAACUUGCUAUUGGUGGAGUUCUCCGGGCUGAACAGCAAAUUAAAGAUAACUUGCGAGAGGUCAAAGCUCAGAUUCACAGCUGCAUAAGUCGUCACCUGGAAUGCCUUAGAAGCCGUGAGGUGUGGCUGUUUGAACAGGUAGAUCUCAUCUAUCAGCUUAAAGAGGAGACCCUUCAGCAGCAGGCCCAACAGCUCUACUGGUUACUGGGCCAGUUCAAUUGUCUUAUUCAUCAGCUGGAGUGCACCCAAAACAAAGAUCUAGCCAAUCAAGUCUCAGUAUGUCUGGAGAGAUUGGGCAGUUUGACCCUCAAACCUGAAGAUUCAACUGUCCUGGUCUUUGAAGCAGAUACAACUGCUCUGCGCCAGGCCAUCACCACAUUUGGGUCCCUUAAAACCAUUCAAAUUCCUGAGCACCUGAUGGUUCAUGGUAGUUCAUCAAAUAUUGGGCCUUUCAUGGAGAAAAGAGCUUAUAGCCCAUUGACAGAGCAGCAGAAGUCAGCAUCCAGCACCACCACUGUCCCUCUCAGUGAAUGGCUCCUUGGAGGCAAAUCUGCCAGUUAUCGUCAGGCUCCCUACAUACCCAGCACCAAUCUGCAGGACUGGCUCACACAAAAGCAGAUCCCAGAGAAUAAUCAGACUUCUGCCAGAGCCUGCAAUUUCUUCAGUAAUGCUUGGGGCAACCUAAAGGGCUUGGAAAACUGGCUUCUCAAGAAUCAGCAACAAGAAGUUCCUGAAAAAUCAAGUCACCAAAAGCAUAACAGCUAUUCUACUACCAGUUCUUGCUCUGUUGAAAUUGAAAAGGUUGAAGAUCUAGACCUUUUGGAUCAAGAUGAGAUCGACCUUUCUGACUGGUUGGUGACUCCUCAGGAAUACCAUGAUCUGGAGAAGCUUGGGAGUGGCAACUGCGGAACUAAUGAGAAGUUUAAGUCCUUGUUCCAGGUGUUCCAGGAGUCCUAUAGUGUGAAUGAUUGGCUCAUCAAACCUGAUUCCUGUACCAAUUGUAGGGGCAAUCAGCCCAAAGGUGUGGAGAUUGAAAACCUGGGCAAUCUGAAGUGCCUAAAUGACCACUUGGAGGCCAAGAAACCCUUGUCCACUCCUAGCACAAUUGCUGAGGUUUGGCUUGUCCAGAACCAUCAGGACCCAUAUAAAGUAGAGGAGGUAUGCAAAGCCAAUGAGCCCUGUACAAGCUUUGCAGAGUGUGUGUGUGAUGAAAAUUGUGAGAAGGAAGCGCUGUGUAAAUGGCUUCUGAAGAAAGAAGGAAAGGAUAAAAAUGGUAUGCCUGUGGAACCAAAACCUGAGUAUGAGAAGCGUAGAGAUUCCCUGAAUAUGUGGCUCUGUCCUUCCAGAAGAGAGUCAACAGAAGAAAUCAAGGCACCAAAGACAGCGGCUCCUUCAAGAAUUACAGAUUCCUUCCAAGUCAUAAGGAACAGUCCCUUGUCUGCAUGGCUUAUCGGGCCCUCAUGCAAAGGAGGACAUCCCAAGGAAGUGCCUAGUGCUGAAGCAUCUAGUGCUGCCAAACAAAAGCUUAUGAGCCCUGUGGCCACUUCUUGGUGUCCCUUGAACACAGCCGACUGGGUCUUGCCAGGAAAGAAAACUGGAAACCUCAAUCAGUUAUCCUCAGGAGAAGAUAAGUGGCUACUUCGAAAGGCAGCCAAGGAAGUAUUACUUAAUUCACCCCUACAGGAGGAACAUAACUUUCCCCCAGACCAUUACGGUCUCCCCGCAGUUUGUGACCUCUUUGCCUGUAUGCAGCUUAAACUUGAUAAAGAAAAGUGGUUGUAUCGAACUCCUCUGCAGAUGUGAAGGGAUGGAGUACUAGUCAAGCAACUUUCCUGC